CGUAUUUGACUCUUUGUUUCCUUUCUUUUCAUUUCCUUUUUCUCUCUCUUCUUCUUUGUUACUCUUGCUUCAUACUACUAUCUACAUAAAUAUAUACAAACCAUCCUCGAUCCCUUCAAUCCACCGCGAGAUCCUAUCUCCAAUACAUGAUCUACAACAUCCAACCACAAUAAACCCCCCACCAACCCUAUCUCCCAUGACCCAAACCCACCCCCAUCACCCCAGGGCCUCGAUCUAAAAUGGCCCUCCCCACGUCUGAGAAGGUCCCCUCCGAAAAGGUGGUCGCACCGUCAGCUUGUGCAGCCCUCGAAGCAGGCGAAUACGACGCUUACUCCUCCACCCUCCUCGACGAUCAUCCGCUGCGGUCGUAUCCGUGCGGCUGUCCGCCAGCCUUGCGGUCGUACUGGGGCUGGAGUGGAUGCUGUGCGGGUGCGGGUGGUGAGGGGAAACGCUGGUCGGAGAGGUUGUUUUUGUUGGUUUGUGUGGGGUUGAUGGUUUUGGUCCUCCUCCAAUUUAUCUCCAUCUUACCAUACGCCGUGUCGUACCUGUUUCUUCGCGGCCAUCCUGGCGGACUCCUUCACACGGGAUCUCUACACUGGCCGGUGGAACGCACCCGCCAAUCCAGCGCCUGUAUCGCUUACGAUCCCAGCCCCCGCGCGGACCAGGACGUCGUCGAUAGGGCUAUCGCAGCCGGCUGCACGGGUGUCAAAGCUGACGUCUGGCUCGAUGGGCAGGGUCUCGUCGUUGGACGGUCCAGCAGUAGCAGUAGCCAGCGGGACACCCUGCGCGGGGUGUAUCUUCAACCGCUACUAGAACGGCUCAAUGCGAAUAAGAAGUCAGAUGCGGUGACUGGGCUCUUCGACCAUGACCCAUCCCGUUCGUUCACCCUGUUCUUGGAGCUGCAGUCUCCGGUGCAGGAAGCAUGGCCACUUCUAGUGAGCCAGCUAGCGGAUCUUCACGAAAAUGGCUACCUGACAGAGCUGAACGGGUCGCAUAUUGUCGUACCCGCCCCAGUGACAGUCGUCAUCACAGGCGUAGAUGCCGCCUCGAUCAACGAAAUAGCUACCGACCACCACUCCAACGAGGAGUCAUCAUUCCCACCAUACACAUUCUUCGAAACCCGUCUCGCACAACUAUCUCCGGCAGACGAGAACGAAGGCGAAGAAUCCACAAUCCAACAACAGCGCCUCCACAGCGCCACCAGCAACUUCCAGCUUGACAUCCUAGGCCACAGCCACUGCAGCCGACGGUCCUCGCUCACGCGGAAACAGAUCGACCGCGUGCGCUCGCAGGUGGAAUCCGCGCACCGGCGGGGUCUGCCGGUGCGGGUUACGCAUCUGCCGGGGGGUCGAAGAGGCAGCGACGGAGGGUUUGGAGGUUGUUGGUGCGGGAGGGGGUUGAUUUGGUGGAUGUGGAUGUGAGGGAGGCUUCUUGGGGGGAUGUGAGAGGUGGUGGGAGAGGAUUUGGCCUUGAUUUUUCUUUCUUCUUUU